UGUCAAACGAAACUCCGAAAUCCGAACUGCAUCUGCGCUUCACGGGCUGUUUUUCGAACUAACUUGCUCGAAAUGAAUUGCAGCUAUCCAUACGUUUGUCCAAUAUUGUUACCGGAAAUAUUUACAUACCCAAUUAUAAUUGCAACGAAAAAAUAUUAAAUUUGAAUAAAAAUGGGGUGCGAACGAAAAAAAAAAUCCAGUUUGUUUUUUUCCUGUAAAAAAAAAUUAUGCGCAUUAGUUUGGUCGAUUCUGCUCUGUAGAAAAUAAUCAAAACAAGGUUUGACAUAAACCGUUCAUUAUGUCUGCGAAAUGGUCGCAAGAAAGAGAGAUUGUGUAUGCGGAGUAUAUGUUAGUGAACGGUAUACACACGUAUACGUAGCCGUCUGUAUAUGCACGGGCACACGAGCCAACACCAAUACAAACGCAACCGUGUCACACGUUCUGCUAUCUUCAAGCGCAACCAUCGGGCGAAAGGCCGAAAAAAAGAAAACGGCUCACUCACACACUGGCACACAUACACGGUAAGAGAGAGAGAGAGAGCGAGAGAGCGAGAGAGAGAGAGAGACGGCAAUACGAACAUACAUGGCUACAUACCCGCUGUUUGUGUCGAUUUGUGUCGAGUCGCGCAUUUAACAUUCACUAAUCGAGAAACGCAUACAUUGAAUUUCGCCUCGUUCGUUGUUAUUUUGUGAUGGAAAAUAUUUUUCUAGACCAUACCAUACAGACAAAAAUUCAUGCUCACGUAGUUUAUUCAUGUAGCGAACAGCAGAGCACAUAGAACUCGUUCAACCAGGCAAAGAGCUCAACGUUUCAUUUUUGUCGGUGGAAUUUCAACAAAUCGAUAGCAUUGAAAGUGACGACGACGACGACGACGAAAAAAAAAAGAAUUAUGAUUAAUUUCUUUGUGAACACAUUCGACGCAUUUCAUAUUUGAUUCAAAAACCAGAUGACUGGAUUUCACGCAAACGAGACAUUUCAAUAAGUUUUAGUGAGAGUGUGCCGAGUAAUUAGUUUAUUGUGAAAUUUUUUUCCGUAUCUUUAUUUUGUAGUUCAAUUUUCUAUUCGUAUUAUAUUUUUUUUUUCUCCUCUCUUUUUGGAGAGCGAUGAGUCGCCUCUCACACUCCGUGUGAAUACAAAACAAACAAAGUGUGUGUAUGUGUGUUAUGUGAACGAAUCAGUUGGAGAAAGAGAGUGUCUCACAAAUAUCGACAAACGCAUUUGAACGCGCGAUAUAUAACAUUUCGAUGAAAAGACGACGACGACGACGGCUACGAAAACUACGAAAAGCAAAUUAAAAUUGCAUGUACGUGUUUCCCAUUGAAGAAAAUAGGCAGUGAAUGAUGAAAGUGUUUUGUGGCCAGAUUUUUUUGCGUUCAAUCGUUUGUUUCAGUAUUGCGAAAGCCAAUUGAAUUCCGUAUUUAAGUUAUUGGGAACGCGUAAGAGGUUUGCUGGGAACGAGCACGAAAUGUGCCGAACAUAAAUACAAAAUACGAUUAAGUGUUGUGUGAGCCAGAAGAAAAAAGAAGGAAAAAAAAGAGAAAAAAAAAGAGAAAAAAAAGAAAGGUCGAAUUGAAAGUAGUGCGCAUUCAUUUUUUUUUGCAUUCAGUAUAAUUUGCCCGUGUUACUGUGAAUACAGUUAUUAAUGGCGAUUGAAAGAUGAGAAAUAACUGUGUGUGAAAUUAUAUAAAAAAAAAAUGCCGACGAAGGAAGAAAAACACCAUAGUAGCGGCGGCGGGAGCAGCAGCAGCAGCAGCAGCAGCAGCAGCAGCAGCAGCAGCAGCAGUAAUGGCAGCAAUAGUAGCAACGGCAGCAGCGGCAACGGCACUGAAAAACAUAAAUAUUGUUUGCUAUGCAACCGCAACGAGUUUACACUGAAAUCAUUUGACCCGACAAAUGAAAAGGAUCUACGAGCUAUUUACAAUAUAGAUAUAAAAUUCAAGGAAAACCGAAAAGUAUGCCUACAAUGCUUGCAUUCAAUCAAAUUGCUGAAACGUUGUUCGAGCAAAGAUGAACCGACAAAAAAAUAUGGUGACUGUUGCAAGGAUUUGUUUGAAAAUGUGACGUAUGUGCAUGAGCUACGCAACAAGUACCAGCGCUAUGUCAACCGUUGGAUUGACAGCCGAAAUAAAGAUAAGGAUAAAGAGUCGCCGAAAAAGACAUCCGAUCAUACAACAACAACAACAACAACAACAUCAUCAUCAUCGAACCAAUCCACACCCUCGACAUGUUCACCUGUAUCAUCUGUACCGUCUACCUCACCAGACGUCAUAAACACAACGCCCAAAUCCUGCAUCAAACAAACGUCAUCGCAACAAAAACAGUCGCCGCAGCAGCAGUCGUCACAGUCACAGCAGCCGACUAAAUUAAACGACAAACCACCGAACAAAAUGAAAGCAAAUGGGAAAUCUUUGAAGCCAAUCGACAUGAACCAUUGCAAAGGCAUCAAACGAUUGCAAAAUGAAACUGUUAGUGUAGUCAAAACGAGCGAGAAGGGAAAAGGCCGUGAAAAGCAAAAAGAAAAGGAAAAGGAAAAAGAAAAAGACACCGUUAAAAACGCAGCGGGCGGUGCAGGUAGCAGCAAAAAGAAUACGCCGCCAAAUCAUCCACCGAAAAAAGAUGUGGCUGUCGCUCAAGACAGCGAAAAACAAAAGUCACCCGCCAAGACAACUGAUGAUGUUCCAGCAAAAGACAAGCUAAUUGAAGAAGCAUCAAAAUCAAUUGAUGGCACAACGAAAUGCAAUAAACGUCGUUCGCAGGAUCGAAAAGUUGAGCAGGAGCCAAGUGGUGGUGUCGCUGAAAGCGGAACAAAGGCAAAACUAUCAAAUAGUUCAAAUAGUAUUGUAACUAAGGCUUCACCUGUCGCCGAAAAUAACACUGAAACAAUAAUUGGUGCAAAAGCAAUGAAGCCAUCGAAGCUACCAACAAACACAAAGAAAUCAAGGGUCCAACGGUCAAGCUCACCAAAACAACAAAUGGCAGCCACACAAACGCCGACAAGGCAGCAAAAGAAUUGCACAUUCGAGCAAGCACUUUCGCAAGCCGAAACAACACGCUCAAAGACCCGUACACAAACACAAAAACGGUCAGUUUUGACACAAACACCAUCAGAACUGGGACCAUCAUCCGAAUCCGAAUCAGUAUCAUUAUCGCAAUGUGAAGUGCCGACAACCGAAUCGUCGUCGUCAUCAUUGUCGGAGAAAGAGACGCCGGAAAAUGAAUUGCCGGCAGCUAAAUUAACGGAAAACAAAGUGCCGGAGACAAAUACGCCACAUGACCCACCUAAAGCUCGUAAAAUUUCAACAGAAAAGUUCGAAUUCACAAUAAUCAAUGGCAAGAGAAUCGAAGUGCCAGCCCGUGCAAAAUUGGAUCCGAAAAUGUUCCAAUGCCUAGUGAAAUUGAGCCGAGAGCCAUAUCAAAAGCGAAAAAUUCAUGGAUCCAUGGAAAUGUUGUCACCACCACCGGUGAAAAAGAAACGGAAAUGCAACAAAUACGACAAAAUUGAAGCCGACGUACAAUUUGAAGCAGCUACGAAUGAUGCAUCGCAAACUCCUAAAAGUAUUUUACAUAGAAUCAAUCGGCCACGAACACCGAUAAGUUCAAGGAAGAAACGAGUCUCAUUUAUUGGAGUGCCAUCACCACCAGCGUCUCCGCCAUCGAAUGAAAAAACUGAAACGCCAAAAGUUGGCAAUACGACUACAGAUGAUACAACGGCAGCUACCGUAAGUGAAGCUAAGAUAGUAGACACGACAACGGUUGUUGAUGCACCGAAGGUAGUCGACGAACCGAAAAUAACUGAAACACCAACCAAUGUUGAGUCGAAUCAAGAAAGCAUGCGGCCGAAGAAAAAGUCAAGAGCUAGCAAAAGAUCAUCAAAUGAAAAUUCUGGCAGUCACAAUACAAGAGCCACAAGAGAAAAGGAGCCGGCAAUGCCGCCGCCAACAUCAACAGAAGUCGUUGCAUCGAAAAUUGUUUUGCCUAUUGUUGAAGAAGCAAUGGGAGUUGAUUCGUCUGAAAAAUCGGCUCCUGAAGCUCAAACAAAUGGAAAUUCUUCUCAUGAUGAGAGAGAUGCAAUUUUACCCACAGUGACAGUGGCAGUGGCUGAAGUAAAAGUAGCGAAUGUUGUGAAUGACUCGGUUGCUAGUGUUAACGAGGAAAUUUCGAUAAUUGAUGAUACCAGUGAUGGCACUCAAUCGACACCAGAACCAAUAAAAAAGAAGAGGAAGCCAUACACACGCACCAAAUCGACAAAUGUUGGAAAAGAAAAAUCAGCGUCGAAAAGACAGCGCAAACAAGUAUUAAAGAAGGCAGCAUAUGCUGAUGAUUUUGAGGCUCAAGAUGACAUCGAAUUAGUAAAUCCCGAAGAAAUCAAGCGAAACAUAUUGAUUGAAAGUAUUGUGGAAAGUGGAUCGGAUGAGAUGAAGAUGGUCGACGAAACAGAUGAGGAUGAAGUGAAGCUUUUGGUCGAACAAGACCCACUUGCCAUUGGCAACGAAGAUGAUUGUCGUGCUUCAUCGCCGGUGCCUACACCGAUUUCGACGCCAAUAUCGAUUCCAAUAUCGAUCCCAAUAUCUGUUCCGAUUUCAACACCAACUGUUACAGCAACACCAUUACUCGCAUCGACAUCAAUCUCAACGCCAAUUCAUAUGCCAGCACAAAUUCCAAAGCCAAAUAAUCUCGAUGCAACGUCCGACACACCAAAAUCCAUGACAAGUGCACCAGUCGUAAGAGGCCAUGAAACUUCGUUGAAAAUUAAAAUUUCGAAUGGAAAAGUUGUUCAGUCUGACAUAAGCCCACCGCAAACAAGUCCAUCGAACGAUUUGAAUAGUGAAGAGCGUUCACCGAAAUCCGGUGUUCGAAGCCGUGUGAAGCGAAUUCGCAAGAAAAAGUUAACACCUGAAUAUGUCGAUCAUGAUGUAUCAGCAUCCGAAUCAGAUGAGUCCACAUCACGUCAACCAUCGUCGGUUGAACGCAAGAAGCGGCGAUCAAUGCCAUCGUCGAAGCGAUCGAAAGAUAAAGAUGUGGCCGUGCAGCUAACUCCGUCCACGAACGUUGAAGAGGUGGCCAGAAAAACUGUUGAUCAGACACCACCAACGCCAACGCCAGUGUCAGUGCAAGCGCCGCCACCAUCUCAAUUAUCUCAGCCAUCUCAGCCACCGCAACCAUCUCAGCUAAUUCAACCAACGCAACCAUCACAACAACCACUAUCGAUUACGCUACCACUACAAGCAGCACCACAACCACCCCAGCCAGUAGAUGAUCGCGUGUUCCGAGCAUACGUUCUGGUUGAUAAAAUGUAUCAACAAAUUAACACGACAAAUUUGGGCGUAUUGAGCCCGCAAUCUCAAUCGAUAUCAUCACAUCAAUCAGCAUAUCCACAUCCAGGAACACAAUUAGUAUUUCGAACAGAGCCCAUUUCACCGUCAAUCUCACAAGCUACUGAAAGCUUAUUACAAAUGAACAGUAUGAACAAUAUGAACAGUAUGAACAGUAUGAAUAGUAUAAAUGAAAAUAGCGGUUGUGUUGCAACUGUUAUUCAUAAUAUGAUGGAAAAUAAUGUAGAAAAUGAUGAUGAAAAUGAAACUGAACCGCAUAGUAUGGGUGUCAUUCAGAGCUACACAAACGAUGGAAUGAACAAUGACGGUAUGUAUGAAGUGCAAGAGACGACAAUUUGCGAAAAUGUUGAAUCACCUACUGUGCCAAUAGUGCAAACAGACAAUACGGGUGCAAUAAUUGGUUUUGAAUCACCGGCAACCGUUGACUCGACCACGUCUGGCUAUUCAUCGGCGACCGCCACAUCUUCGGUCUAUUUAGUUGACACACAAUCGUUAAACCAUUCAAUUGAGAUGAACAACGGAUUCAAUACCGCCGAUUUUAAUAUGCAACAAUUGCAGUAUGAGACCUUUCCCUUUGUCGAAAUUCAAACGUCAGACAUUAUCGAUAUUCUGGGCAAACCCAGUGACUGCAAUGAGUCUCUCAACAUGGAAAACAUCAAUUUGGACACAACGGCCAGCACAGCGGACACCCGAACCACUUACUACUUAACCGAUGAACAUUCGAUAAAUGCAAUUAACACAAUAAACACAAUCAACACGGUGGCGACCGUGACACAAACACUACCAACGCUCACAACGGGCAAUAUUUUGGGUGUGUUCCGAACGAAAGCCAGCUUGAAACAGAUUGAUCCACCACCAACCAUGCAUUUAUUUACCGAUGCCAGUGGCCAUGCUCACCAUCCACAUGCACAUGCUCUCGCUCAUCCACAUACUCAUCCACUUACCCAUACCAUUCAUGGUCACGGUUCGGGCAUCCCAAAUGAGCUCAGCGCAAAAAUGCUACGAAGCGACAAUCCACUUUUGAAUGCCGUGAUUAGUAGCAAUGAUGAAUCUUCGAUCGAAAUGCAAGAUGCGAACGAAUCGUUUUCAAUGGCAGUCGAUUCAAUGGUGACAAGCAGCGACACAGUGCAAGCCAUUCAACGUCGCCCCGGUUUAAAUGUUGUUUUUUCCACCCCAUCCAAACGAAACAAUGUUUAUCUUAGCAACGAAAAUGUAUCAAUUGACGAUUUCAUCAGCGAAAGUCAUCAAUCGUUGCUAAAUGCAGAUAACUUCCCAACCACGACCACCACUGAAGAACCUCAUUUGGAUUUCUACACACUCGGAAUCUAGAUUCGGGUUAUCGAUAUGAUUGAGUCAAAUCCGAGUAUUUAUGAACGAUAACUUAUUAAUAUCAAUUGUAUCGAUUAAAAAAAAAAAACAUACAAUAAUCUAAUAAUCCUUUAGAAAAGGUAUUUGAAUGGAAAUGAAAACACGAAGAAAAAAAAAAACAAAAAUAUGCAGAAAAAAGAAACCUUUUUAGUUUAUAGUCGACACGAAAUCGCUUUAGAAAUUGAAUGAAUGGUAUGAAUGAAAUGUGCAUGAUACAUGUGUGUGUGUUUAGUUUUGUAUGGAAGCGAAAUCAACAAAACAGUAUGCAAUGAAACAAAAAAGAAUGAAACAUUUAGAAAAAAAAAACACAACCUAUAUAAGACAUUCGACGAACAUGAGAUUAGAUACAUGCACAUUUUAAACAAAUAAAAAAAAAACCUAUUUGUAACUUCAAAAAUCGUAAAGACAAAACAAAACAAACCGAUGUUAAUGAAACAUAUUUGCGAUCAAAAAACAGAGAACCCAAACAAAUGUAUGACAAAAGAAAACAAAAAACAACAACGUUGUAAAAUGGGUCGAACAAGUGAUUUGUUUUUUAAAAAAUGAAAUGAAGUGAAAAUGAUGAUAUUGAUAUUACAUUGAUAUUUUUCUAAUAAAAAAAAAAAAAAAAAUGAUUCUAUUAUUGAAAA